AUGGCGGGCGCGGAUCCCGACAGGAUGAUCUAUACUAAAAACAAUGCCAAGAAUACAUCGAAGCAUUCCCGCCACUCGAACGAGAAGACUACAAGCGAAAAGAGUUGGAGAGCGCCUGCAACCAUUCUUUUGGCGCUUCUAAUGGGGCUGGGGGUGGCGCUUGCACAUCACUCUAUGAAUGUGCGCCUCAACAACAAACCCGUCGCGGAAAUCAAAGUUUCCCAGGCGUGGAUCUCUCGAUUUAGUACUGCGCUUGCUUUUCUGACUAAUACGUGUUUUAUCGUUAGUGUCGGGGCCUCUUUCACACAGCGUCAAUGGUUACGAUUCCAUCAGCAAAGCUUCACAAUCGCCCAAAUCGAUGCGGUAACGGGCAUUUUGGGGAAUCUACUUGGGUUCUUCAGCAGCCGCGUUUGGUUCCGGCACCCUAUACUGGUUCUCACUGCCCUUGCGUCAUGGGUCAUUCCGCUGUCGGCCGUGGUCACUCCUGGUUCUUUGUCCGUCAUCCCUUUGCGAACCACAGCAGCGAUGAGUCUUCAGGUCCCGCAACCCUCCUUCAAUCGUACAUAUUAUGGAUAUGCAUACGGCUCUACUCGUUCGCACCCCAGAGUUGCCACAAUGACAGGCGAACGACUUCUGAGAAUAGCAUAUGCGACCGCUUCGUCCACCCAGCUAGUACCUUUAUCCCCAAUCUACCAGAACUACUCGUAUCAUCUGCAGUUCAAUGGCCCAGCAGUAAGAUGCGGUGCGGCAAACGAAUCCCUAAUCCAUGACAUCUCCCAGGAGUCCAGCAACCUUACCUCUAAAGAUUUUGCCAUAUACGCGUCGUGGGUCCCCGGUCCCUCCGAGGGGAAUCGGCUCGAUAGAACGGGAUCCGCGACUCUUCUGAAUGGAACGAUAUUGAUUGGUCGGACUCUUGAUUAUGUAUCAAGAGAUGGAGCACGAAUCUUCAUCAUGUCAAACGUUCCUCCAGCGUCCUUUUGGGAGGUGUUUACAGAGGACAUCGACUCGCCCAGAUACCGAGUCAACGUAACCGAGUGUUUGUUGUUCAACGCCACUUACGACGUGGACUUUAAUUUUCAAUACCCGCAACAUACGCACCGCGUAAACAUUUCGACUUGGCUGAACCCUGUAUCCUCCCCUCUCAAUGACGACUCCUUUCUCAUCGGGGAUGGGAGCGAAAAUACGACAGCUGAUGCCAUUAUUUCGUACUGCGCACUCAUGAACGCUUUUGGGAGUUUACUUGUCGGUAAAAUGGGUCUGGAAACCGUGAACGCAAGCUACUACGCCACCAACUGGCAAAUGAUAAAAAUUGAUUGGGCCCGCGCCGAAGCCGUGGAAGCGGGUCUGGAGCAACUCUUCCAGAAUUUCACGGUAAGCCUGCUCAGCGACAGUGGGCUAACAAAAAACUCCGCGGAUGCAGCCUUCGUCCCCGUGACGGUAGAGACAUGGCCCAUUACCUACAUCUACAACCGUCCCGACCUCCUCCUCCCCUAUGGGCUCGCCUUCCUAGCAACGACCAUUUCCGCCAUGGUUGGUCUCCAUGCCUUCUUCGUCAACAAGGACAGCUACCAGAAUAUCUUCUCGACAUUCCUCCGUGUGACGAAUGAUUCUUAUCUACGCGCUUUAAUCGAUCCGGGCGAUGCUGGGGCGGAUCCAUUACCGAGGCAUCUGGCACAGGUGAGGAUAAGGAUGGUACGAGAAGAGGAAGCGGAAGAUCGUGAUGCUGGAAAGGAGCCGCAUACUCGGCCAUCCACUGUGGCUUGUCCGAUGCCUCACUGCCGCCUCGGAAUUUCGCUUGAAGUCUACCCCUCUGUCACCCGCCGCGGGGACGUUAGAAUGGGACAGAAGACUGCAGCCCAAGUCUGGUCGGGUUCGUAA